UAGGCCAGUAUCGGCUGAAACAGCGCCAAAUAGCCAAUGGGAGCCCAUCCUGAACAAGUAGGAGAGAUCCACCCGGUCUUUCCCACUUCGUGUGUCCUUUCCAUUUUGCAUGUGCAGGCAGCCCUGGCUCUCCGGCUGUAAAGGCAAAGGGGAGGGAAGCCGAAGCAGGUCCAAGGAGGCCAACCUGGCUCUCAUCUGCUGCCAAACGGGGGAAGAGAGGCACUGCUUUGUCCCAAAGGGCGCCCGCCCAGAGCUUCAGCGAGGCUCCUUUGCCCCAGCGCCCUCCAAAGCAUCUCCAGGAGGCAAGCCCCAGCAGCCUGGACUUCAGCUCAGUUGGGCAGUCCUUUCCAAACUCAAUAGCGCCCCUGGGAAGGUGGCGCCCAACGCGGGGGCGUGGCCAGCGUGCCGUGUUGGGCCGGGCCUGGUUAGAAGGCACGAUCAUCAAGUUUGCAGAUGACACCAAACUGGGAGGGAGAGCCAACACUCCAGAAGACAGGAGCAGAAUUCAAAACGAUCUUGACAGACUAGAGAGAUGGGCCGAAACUCACAAAAUGAAGUUCAACAGGGACAAAUGCAAGAGACUUCACUUCGGCAGAAAAAAAGGAAACCAAAGAUACAGAAUGGGGGACGAUGCCUGGCUUGACAGCAGUGUGUGCGAAAAAGACCUUGGAGUCCUCGUGGGGAGGAAGGGGAAGAAGUUAAACAUGAGCCAGCAAUGUGAAGCGGCUGCUAAAAAAGCCAACGGGAUUCUGUCCUGCAUCAAGAGGGGAAUAGCGUCCAGAUCCAGGGAAGUCCUGCUCCCCCUUAUUCUAUUCUGCCUUGGUCAGACCACACCUGGAAUCACACUGUGUCCAAUUCUGGGCACCACAGUUGAAGGGAGAUGUUGACAAGCUGGAAAGCGUCCAGAGGAGGGCGACUAAAAUGAUCAAGGGUCUGGAGAACAAGCCCUAUGAGGAGCGGCUUAAAGAGCUGGGCAUGUUUAGCCUGCAGAAGAGAAGGCUGAGAGGAGACAUGAUAGCCAUGUACAAAUACGUGAAGGGAAGUCAUAGGGAGGAGGGAGGGAGCUUGUUUUCUGCUGCCCUGCAGACUAGGACACGGAACAAUGGCUUCAAACUACAGGAAAGGAGAUUCCACCUGAACAUCAGGAAGAACUUCCUCACUGUGAGAAGGGCUGUUCGACAGUGGAACUCUCUGCCGCGGACUGUGGUGGAGGCUCCUUCUUUGGAGGCUUUUAAGCAGAGGCUGGAUGGCCAUCUGUCAGGGGUGCUUUGAAUGCGAUUUCCUGCUUCUUGGCAGAAUGGGGUUGGACUGGAUGGCCCAUGAGGUCUCUUCCAACUCUACAGUUCUAUGAUUCUAUGGUUGCGCUAGAUGGCCCACGUGGACUCUUCCAAUUCUAUGAUUCUGAAAAGCAGUGUAAAUAAACAUAAGAAGAAGACUAUCAGUGGGGCAGGACCGAAUAUCAUCUCAUGGCCUUACCCGCCUCUCCGUUUUUUAAGACAGUCCCAAACACAUCACGCAACCUAAUGGCGAGGAUUCGGCGGAGGGAGGGGCCAAGAGAGCGAGGGGAGGAGGGGGAGGAGGAGGCGUAUUUGCGGCGGGACGGUUUCGCUUUCGUUUCUCUGUCCGCAGAAGGACGGCGGCGGGGAGAGGGGGCUGCGUGGCUUCAGGUCCUGCGACCCCUUCGUCCCAGGUGGUGGGACCCCGACAUGGCAGCCGCCCAAGGCCACUCCGCCGCCCCCAGCGCAGCCCCUUCGUCCUCCUGGCUGUGGGAGGCGCUGGCCAGUGGGUUCCUCUCCUGCCCCAUCUGCCUGGAGCGCUUCAGCCGGCCCAAGAUCCUGCCCUGCCUCCACACUUACUGCCAGGGCUGCCUGGAGACACUGCUGGACGGGCGGGCGGAGGAGGAAGCGGAGGAGGCGGCCGAGGAGGAGGCGGAUGCGCAGACGCUGCGCUGCCCCGAGUGCCGCGUCCGGGUGCCCCUCCCGGCCGGAGGGGUGGCCGCCCUCAAGACCAACUUCUUCAUCAACGGGCUGCUGGACCUGGCCUGCCCCGCAGGGAGGGCGCCCUCCUCCCCCGCCUGCGCCCUGUGCCCCCUCAUCGGGCAGGAGCCCCCCCGGCCGGCCUCCUCGCACUGCCUGGACUGUGCCGACGACAUGUGCCCGUCCUGUGCUGGGGGGCACCGCUGCUCCCGGCUGACGCACAACCACCGCGUGGUGGACAUGGAGGGAUACCUCUCAGGGCGCUACGACCGGGAGGUGCGGGAGCGGCAGGCCUCCCGCUGCAAGAAGCACUCUGGGGAGGAGUUGCGCUUCUUCUGCGACCGUUGCGCGGCCCCGCUUUGCCGGGAGUGCCGCCUGGGCCCUCACCUGCAGCAUCCCUGCCGGACCCUGGCCGAAGCGGCCGAGGAGCGCCGCCUGGCAGUCGAAGAGCUCCUGGGGAAGGUCGAGGCGGUGGCACGUCGCUUGGCCACAGACAGGGCCGGCCUGGAAGCCGCGGUGGAGGGGCUGGAGGCCGGCCAGGCCAGGAUCCGGACCCGGGUGGAAGAGGCCUGUUCGCGGGCGGUGGCCUGGCUGCUGUCCCAGCGGGAGGAGGUGCUGGCCCGCCUUUCAGAGCACGUGGAGGAGCGGAGGAAGGCCUGGGCGGCCCUGCGCUCGGAGCUGGAGCUGCAGGAGCAGGUGGCCUCCAGCACAGCGGCCUUCGCCCGGAGGGUCCUGACCCAGGGCCAAGGGGUGGAGGUCCUCUCCCUGGAGCAACUGGUCUCUGAGCGGCUGAAGGAGCUCCAGGAGGGACACUCCGAUGAGACGCUGCAGAUCCGGCUGCCCCGGCUGGAGAUUGACCUGGCGGACCUGGAGGGAGGCCGCAGCCCCUUCCGCCUAGAGGAAGAGGGAGAGGAAGAAGAAGAGGAGGAGGAGCUCAGCAGAGCAGAGAAGAAGAGGAGGAAGAAGAAGACGAAGAAGCAGCAGCAGCAGCAAGAGCCCCAGACUGGGGGAGAGGCUCCCAAAGCCCCCAGCCCAGAAAAGCCCUCCAGUCAAGAGGUCCUACCUGCAGCUCCCAGCCGUGCGGCCCCCAAGGCCUUCUUCUCCUGCAGCUUCUGGGCCAAGACCCCCACGGACAAGCGGCGCCCGCAGGUGACCGGCCUGUGCCCCUUUGGCCCUGGGGAGCUUCUGGUGGCCGACGAGACGAACGGGCAGCUGAAGCGCUUCUCCUUGCAGGGGGAGUUCAGGGGGACGGUGCCGGUCCCCGAGGGGGUGGCGCCUUUCAGCGUGGCCGCCCUGGGCAGCAAGGUGGCCUUCACGGCCGGCUCCCGGCUCUUCCUCCUGGACGGCCAUGGGGGGCUGGCCUGGGAGAAGGCGCUGCCAAAAGGUCAGGCCAACCAUGCCAUGGCGGCCUUGGGGAGCGACCGCCUGGCGGUCAGCGUAACUGGGCACGUGGAGCUCUACAACCUGGAAGGGCAGCAGGUGGGCAAGGUCCGGCCGGGGGGCUCUGCCAGGCACUGCCUGGUCUUCCUGGCCAGGCGUGAGGGGGGCUUUGUGGGGUCAGACUGGCACUAUAACAGCGUGGUGCUCUUUGCAGAGAAUGGGGGGCUGGUGGCCGAGUGCCAGGAGAGGCAGCUGGGGGGCUGCCAGCCGGGGUCUGUUUGCACCGACCCUCGGGGCACUGUCUAUGUGGUCUUGAGGGAGCUUAACCGGGUGCUGGCCCUUUCCCCGGCCGGGGAGGUGCUCGGGGACUUCCUGACGGCCGAGAACGGCAUUGACCGGCCCCGCAUGGCCACCGUGGCUGGGGAUGGGCGCUUGGCGGUGGCCCUCUGCAACGGGACCAUCCACGUCUUUAAGAUCAGGUACUAGGGCAAGAGAACUGGGGGUGGAGAGGGUGGGAUAAGAAAGGGGUUGUUUUGGGGAGAGAUCCAUGGGAGGGGAGUGUUGAGGCUCAGGGUCCAAACAUCUCUAGUCCAGCGGUUCUCAAAGUGUGCUCCGUGGGGCCCUUGGGACUCGGCAAAGCAUCCACACUUUUUUCCUCCUCCUCCCCCAAGCUUUUCUCCUGGCUCUCUCUCUUUUAAUGAGUUUAUUGAUCAGAUGAACAUACAGUGAGCUUUUGCAAAAGAAAGAAGCCCCACGCCUGCUCUUGGGCCGAGCUUCUAUUUAUAUUGCCAGUCUUAACUUUCGUUUCCCAAGAAACUUUUCCCUAUUUGUGAGCAUGCGCCAUAAUGUCAUCUUUCUUGCUGGAGCAUACCUAUCGCAGCCCAUUAUGUCAGUGUUAGCUAAUUAGCCUCCUCGUUUAUUCCCGUCCCUUAUGAGAAGAUUUAUGCACUUUAAUCCCCGCUACCUUCCCCUGUGCUGAGCUUUGAAGUCUUUAGCAAAACAACCAGUUCAAUCUGUUCUUUUGAAGCUCUGUGCUGGGUUGUGUCUUAUUACUAUAUUUUAAGCUGAAUUGAAUGUUGCCGGAGUUGUAAGCCGCCUUGAGUGCCCCGUGGGGUGAGAAAGGCGGGGUAUAAAUGAAGUAAAUACAGUAGAGUCUCGCUUAUCCAACCUUCGCUUAUCCAACGUUCUGGAUUAUCCAACGCAGUCUACCUUUUAGCAGUCAAUGUUUUUGUAGUCAAUGUUUUCAAUACAUUGGGAUGUUUUGGUGCUAAAUUCGUAAGUGCAGUAAUUACUACAUAACAUUACCGUGUAUUGAACUGCUUUUUCUGUUGAUUUAUUGUAAAACAUGAUGUUUUGGUGCUUAAUUUGUGAAAUCAUAACGUAAUUUGACAUUUACAAAUGUUUCAAAACUCAUUGCAAAAUUAGGGGGCGCUGGUGUUUCAUUUCUGAAGUGUUUCUAAAGUCUCAUUAGUGAAAUGUUAUGACUAUAACGAGAGUAAUGAAAUUUUGUUACUUUUUCGUUCUGCUAAUUGCUCAAGUGGAGGAACUUCAGGGGCUUUUUUCUCCCUCAUUUUUACAGCUAUUGGGCUGAAGCUUGCUGCAAUUGUAGAACACAUUGACCACUGUGAGCCCAUCAAGUUUCAGAACAUUUCACUUAUCCAUGGAUUUUUGGAAAAUUUUCACAGUUUUUAUUAACAACCUUUUUAAUGUAUAAAAACACUACAAGAGCGAUCUCCUUAAAUUUUCUCCGCAGUGGCACAGGAUAACAGGGGAUCAUUCCCCCCAAAUUUUUGGAUUUUUAAAAAAGUUAUGACAAAAAAGCUUCUUUAAAAAGGGCACAAGAGCUAUGUCCUUGAAUGUCCCUCUCUCAUGUUAACCAACAGAACUUCCAUGGAGGGAUGUCUUCCCAGCUGAGCACAGAGAUUGACUACCUAGAAGUCUCAGCCAGACCUCCUUUUUGUAGACUCAACCGUUCAUGGGAACUCUGGCUGUGACGUAGGGACACAUUGCCCAAAGGCUUGGUCCCUUGGUCAAUGAAUGAGGGGGGCUGUUGCGAUGGAGGGCCGGGCUUUAGCACAGCUGGGAAAUCACCAACAGCAAUAAGAUCUACCAACCCAAAGGUGGCCAGUUCGAAGCCCGGGUCUGGGUGAGCACCCAACGGUCAGCCCAGCUCACUGUUUACCUAAGUAAUUCAAAAAUUUAGAGCUGUAAGUAGAAAAAUUAGGUAGCACUAAAAAGCCGGGGAGGUAUUUUACAACAUCAUGAUAAAAAAAAGACCAGAAAUGCCGGUGACCAAAAGGAAGGAGGAAGUUCUUAUGGCUCUUUGUCAUAGGGAAGGGAACAACAGCGCCCCCCUGUGGCUGAAUCCGAGCACAACCUCCAAGGUGCCAAAGCUGGAUUUCAAGGCAACAUACCUCCUUUCUGUCUGUUCUGUCCUGUCUGUCCAAAUGGCAUUAAAUGUUUGCCAUGUAUGUGUAUAGUGAUCCGCCCUGAGUCCCCUUGGGCAGAUAGGGCGGAAUAUAUAUAAAGUGUUGUUAUUAUUAUAUUGUUAUUAUCUCCCCUAUUCUGAUGUGAACAGAAUUCUGGGAAAUGUAGUUGAGAGCAGGGCCUAUUGCUUUCUCUGCCAUAGGGCUCUUCGCCUUCCCAAACUACAUUUCCCAGAACCCUGUGCUUUCUCCAUCUCUUUCCCAGCAAACUUGGCUUUCUCCCUGCUUCUUCCCUCUUCUAAAAGUGAGAGGCCAUUCGUUUAAAGAGGAAUGUCAGCCUUUUUGGCUUUGCUUUGCUUCCUUGCGCUGAAAAUAAAACUGACUUUGGAAGGCUUCCCAGGUUUACAAAAUUCAAACGAAAAAGUAUUGCGUAAGUUUCGAUUCUUGCAUCUCAGGUACAAAUUUAACCAAUUGGAUCCGACUCGUGACGUGUAAUGAAAAAUCUGCACACCUCUAAUAUAUGAAUCGCUCUAGGGAUUUGCCUUGGAAUGUGUGACUUUUAAAUAAUGGUUUUAAGAUUUAUAUGUUUUAAUUAUGUGAUUUUAAAGUAAUUAUUAUUUGUCAAAAAAAAACGGUUAAUUUGAGACACAUUCACCUUCCGUCUCAAUUUGACUUCUCCUUCGGCGAUCUGGCCAUCUGCACAGUCACACAGAAAUAAACGCACACUUCCCAGCUGUCGGCUGAAACCAGCGGCUCUUGUCUUUAUUGAAGUAACAUACACUAUUUACAUAGUCUUGCUGGAGCAUAGCAUUCAAGCACCCGACCUUGAUAUUUUACCCUAUAUUAUGUAUGUUUGGCAUCUAUUUGUGCCUGUUGUGAGCCGCCCUGAGUCCCUUCAAGGUGAGAAGGAUGGGACAUAAAUGAAGUAAGUGUCGCAGCUAGCAAAUUGGGUUCCAAACUCUCAACCCCUUCUGCGGAAGUUGCACCCUUGUCCAAGGAGAAAAACCUCAAAACAAACUGUCCUUUGGUAAAGAAAGAUUUAUAUAAACAAAACAUACAAAACACAGUCCUUUGCUUUUAUCAGCAGCAAAAACAAAGCUUUCUUAUCUUCAAGCUUUAACCUUUGUGGUUUCUGGACUCUCUGUCUUCAAACCUCUUCAAACCUCUCUUCGGUUCUCCUUCAGUAGCUUUUCAGCAGCAAUACCAUCUUUUCCACCAUCACAGCAUCUUCAUAUUCACCUUCUCUCCUCUCACUCUACAACAACACCACAACAACACUGACACAAGACUUACUCAGACUCUAUUAAUAGCCCUCAAUCUUAAGCAGGUGUCUUAAUUGCUGCUGGUCAAACAUAGAUGGGACAUGAUUCUUGCAAACACUUAUUCAUUUUCACAUAAGAAAUGACCCAAAUAAUAUAAAACUCUGACAGUAAGUAAAUAAAUAAAUUGCAGCCUC